AUGGACCCCGACGCUGAAAAUCCGCUCGUUAAAACAUUGCCUCCGGCAACCGACUAUCUCACCUAUCUGACAAUUCUUGAAUACCAACUGACUCCCGACCGUCUGCCAUUGCUGCACCGCCUCUUGCAAGAUGAGAAAUUAACCACCAAUAUCGGCUGGGACCUUGUCAAGCUACUUCUGCCCAUGCUGCCGGCUUCAACAGAGUGUCUUCACGAUGUAGCAAGAUUAGGAAACCCUCGAGAGGUGAUCUUGCGGGUAUCAGAAGCCCUCAUGCACCUGCAGCCGGACGACGAGGAUCUCGACGACGACGAAUCCGUGGACGCCAAACCCCUUCCGCUGCACGUUUCCCAAUUCAACUGCCUACUAGCAAUGCUCUCUGAGCUGCAUACUCGCAUUAAAACCAAAUCUCCAAGCCGAUUCGUUGCGACUUCGCUACAAGCCGCCCUCGAAGCAUACACCUCUAUGCCGAGCGAUGAGACCACCCUAGCCCUCCUCGAAUUCCUAAGAGAUAUAUCACCAAACAAGAGACCUGCGCCUCCUCCACGAACCAAUAGCCAGUCGACUGUUCUACGAGUUAACUCUAUUUCUGGCUCUGCCCCAGAUCCAGAAGCAGAGGUGGCAGCACCAUCGCCAGCGGGAGACAAUGAAGCCUCGUUGGUUGAAAAGUUUAUCCAAUUCGGCCUCAUCGAGGUACUGAAGGUUUAUUUGCUGAGUCACUCAGACCCAAUGGAUUCAGGCCUGUCUUGGACUGUUCGAAUGCAGGAACAUUUUUAUCCAGCACUGAAGCUGCCAGAACAGUCCCAGACGCAAGCAUAUUCAUUGACAAAAGAGCUCAAGGAACGUGAUAUGAUCAUUGGAAAGAUAGUGGCUUUGUCGCGAGACGUUGGCAUUGAUUCCACUGAUCUUUUAGAUAUCAUUAAACGAUCCCCUGACGAUCAAAUUCAACCAUUGGACUUUGAGGAGCCUCCUACCAACGCAGAUGAGAUUCCACUAGAACGCCAUGGUUCGCUUUUGCUACUUGCGGCUCGUACUGCAGGCGCCACUUUAUUUGCCUCAGGUCAACCUGUACCCAAAAUACCUGUGUUCCCUGACCUGUCUUCAAUCUACAAGCGUUUCCUUGGAGAGACCGACACCUUGGAUGAAGUCGCAUAUGGACAGCCCCAGGCUCUUAUAGACUCUCUCUUGGCAUUAACCGUAUACUCCUUACAAGGACCAAUUGCGGCAUCCUCCACGGAGACCGAGUUUAAAGACUUCGUCAUUACUUUAACAGGCUGCACUUCUACCAAGGACUAUGCUAUCGUGCGCCAAAUUCCGGCGGGCAUUGUGCACAGUCAUCAAUCUGCAGUUACCCGAUUUAAACUUAUUCGAGAAAUUUUAGAAGACUCUCGUUUGCAAUCUGCUAGGGACAGCGCCGUGUCAUGGUUGAAAGAUGAGAUUAUUGGGACUACCGUAUCUGACACGGUAUUCCACGAUCCGAUUUACUUUUGGACCAUCUUCCCGCUGCUUUUCCAAUCGAUUAAUACUGCUGCAUCGUCCAAGCUCAUCGACAGCUGGAUCAGGUUAACGCAGACGGAUGGCCCCGCCAUUCACUCCGCGCUGAAUCUAUACUUCCUGCUGCUCUCGUCUCCCCUUCGAGACCAGCUUCAGCUUGAGAAAACUGUUUUGUUUUUCCGCAGCCAAGUACUCAGUCCACUUCGAAUUCUAUUCCAUACUUUUGAGGCAGACCUCACUUCCAAGGGAGGCGAUGGGAUCGUUGAGUCGGCUGUUGGAGAAGAAAUGUCUCAAGUUGGACUCUCUCGUUCCGUAGGACUGAUUGGUCUCACGAUUGAUCAAAUCGAAGAUGUAAUUGGUGAGGCAUUUGGCACAGACGAUGCAGACUUGGCAAAGUUCUCAGAAGCAGAUGAGAAGAAGGCCGAGGAGAUUCGUCAAGCGACCGAGGGUUGGAACUAG